CGCGCGCCGCCUCAUUUCCGGUGCUCUCUCGCUGGGUCGCUCGGGUCGGCUUCGGUCGCUGUCGCCCCUGCUCUUCCACCCCUGCUAACCGCCGCUCGGGUCUCUGCCGCGUCGCUUCCUUGCUCGCUCUCUCGUUCGCACAUCCUCCCCGAUGCAGCGCCGGGACGAUCCUGCCGCGCGCAUGACCCGGUCCUCGGGCCGCAGCGGCUCUAUGGACCCCUCAGGUGCCCACCCCUCGGUGCGUCAGACGCCGUCUCGGCAGCCUCCGCUGCCUCACCGGUCCCGGGGAGGCGGAGGGGGGCCCCGAGGGGGCGCCCGGGCCUCGCCAGCCACGCAGCCGCCACCGCUGCUGCCUCCCUCGGCCACAGGUCCCGACGCGACAGUGGGCGGGCCGGCGCCGACCCCACUGCUACCCCCGUCAGCCACGGCCUCGGUCAAGAUGGAGCCAGAGAACAAGUACCUGCCCGAACUCAUGGCUGAGAAGGACUCGCUCGACCCGUCCUUCACUCAUGCCAUGCAGCUUCUGACGGCAGAAAUUGAGAAGAUUCAAAAAGGGGAUUCAAAAAAGGACGAUGAGGAGAAUUAUUUGGACUUAUUUUCUCAUAAGAACAUGAAGCUGAAAGAGCGGGUGCUGAUACCUGUCAAGCAGUACCCAAAGUUCAAUUUUGUGGGGAAGAUUCUUGGACCACAAGGGAAUACAAUCAAAAGACUGCAGGAAGAAACUGGUGCAAAGAUCUCUGUAUUGGGAAAGGGCUCAAUGAGAGACAAAGCCAAGGAAGAAGAGCUUCGCAAAGGCGGAGACCCAAAGUAUGCCCACUUAAAUAUGGAUCUGCAUGUCUUCAUUGAAGUCUUUGGACCCCCAUGUGAGGCUUAUGCUCUCAUGGCCCAUGCCAUGGAAGAAGUGAAGAAGUUUUUAGUACCAGAUAUGAUGGAUGAUAUCUGCCAGGAGCAAUUUCUAGAGCUGUCCUACUUGAAUGGAGUACCUGAGCCCUCUCGUGGACGUGGGGUGCCAGUGAGAGGCCGGGGAGCUGCACCUCCCCCUCCACCUGUUCCCAGGGGCCGUGGUGUUGGACCCCCUCGGGGAGCUUUGGUGCGUGGUACCCCAGUGAGAGGUGCCAUCACCAGAGGUGCCACUGUGACCCGAGGGGUGCCACCUCCACCUACUGUGAGGGGUGCUCCAGCACCAAGAGCACGGACAGCAGGCAUCCAGAGAAUACCUUUGCCUCCACCCCCUGCACCAGAAACAUAUGAAGAAUAUGGAUAUGAUGAUACAUAUGCGGAACAGAGUUAUGAAGGCUACGAAGGCUAUUACAGCCAGAGCCAAGGGGACUCAGAAUAUUAUGACUAUGGACAUGGGGAGGUUCAAGAUUCUUAUGAAGCUUAUGGGAACCUGACUUGCAGUUGCAUAGAAAGAGGCUGUCUUCCUUCAAUCUACCAAAUUGGAAGCAGAGAAGGCCAUUGUAGACCCACAGAGAUUAAUGAUUCCCUCUUGCUGCAAGGCCAAGAUGACUGGAAUGGGACCAGGCCGUCACUGAAGGCCCCUCCAGCUAGGCCAGUGAAGGGAGCAUACAGAGAGCACCCAUAUGGACGUUAUUAAAAUCAAACAGGAGGGGAAAAAUAUCAAUUAUGAGCAAAGUUGUUACUGAUUUCUUGUAUCUCCCAGGAUUCCUGUUGCUUUACCCACAACAGACAAGUAAUUGUCUAAGUGUUUUUCUUCGUGGUCCCCUUCUUCUCCCCACCUUCCUCCAUUCUUAACUCUGCAUUCUGGCUUCUGUAUGUAGUAUUUUAAAAUGAGUUAAAAUAGAUUUAGGAAUAUCGAAUUAAUUUUUUAAGUGUGUAGAUGCUUUUUUCUUUGUUGUUUAAAUAUAAACAGAAAUGUACCUUUUAUAAUAAAAAAAAGUUGAGUAAAAAAAAAAAAACCACAAACCUGUUAGUUUCAAAAGUGACAUUGCUUGCUUAAAGGUUCUGAAGUAAGGCUUGUUAACUUUCUCUUAGUUUUGAUUUGAGGCAUCCCGUAAAGUUGUAGUUGCAGAAUCCCAAACUAGGCUACAUUUCAAAAUUCAGGGCUGUUUAAGAUUUAAAAUCACAAAUGUUAACGGCAGUAGGUGCCACCAUGCAAAAGUGAGCUCAGACGUCUCUAAAAAUGUUUCCUUUAAAAACACAUGGCGAUUGAAUCUUAAGUUAAAUUUUAAUAUGAAAGAUCCUCAUGAAUUAAAUAGUUGAUGCAAUUAUUAACGUUAAUUGACUUAAAACAACAACAACAAAAUUAGGUUUGUAAAACUGACUUUUUCAUUAUGUGGGUUUUGAAAUCUAGCCCCAGGCAUACAGUGUUGAGAGAUACUUAGGGGGAGUAAGUUUUGAAGAGGUUGAUUGGGGCAGAGGGGCUGGCCAUCUAAAUUUAAUUUGAUGUAGUGUUUUUUAGCCACAAUCUUUCAGUAAGAGUACUAAUAAUUAAAGUUUCAGUAUUCAGGAAGACAAAAAAGUAUUUUGUCCAUUUGAGAUUCUGCACUCCACAUAAAGCUCACUUGGACAUUGGGGCCAAAAGCUGAAGUUUUUCAGUAAGUUGACGGUUGUCAAUAUUGAACUGUUCCCAAGAUAGUCAAGUAUGUCUCAACACUAGCAUGAUAUAAAAAGGGACACUGCAGCUGAAUGAAAAAGGAAUCAAAAUCCACUUUGUACAUAAGUUAAAGUCCUAAUUGGAUUUGUACCGUCCUCCCAUUUUGUUCUCUGAAGAUUAAAUGCUACAUGUGUAAGUCUGCCUAAAUAGGUAGCUUAAACUUAUGUCAAAAUGUCUGCAGCAGUUUGUCAAUAAAGUUUAGUCCUUUUUUAAUCAAAGUAAA